AUGCUGACACCUGUGUUUGACAGGUCCUGGAAUAGUAGUGACCCCCAACUGUCUGCUAAACUGUUUGGGAAGAAUGGAGUGUUGGGAGAGCAGAAAUCUCCAGGAUUCAAGAAAAGAGAGACAGAGGUGUAUGUUGGCAAUCUUCCACUGGAUAUUUCUAAGGAAGAAAUUCUGUACCUUCUAAAGGACUUCAACCCUCUUGAUGUCCACAAAAUCCAGAAUGGCUGCAAAUGCUUUGCAUUUGUAGAUCUGGGCUCCAUGCAGAAAGUGACACUUGCAAUCCAGAAGCUGAAUGGCAAACUCUUCCACAAGCGAAAACUGUUCGUGAAUACAAGCAGAAGGCCCCCCAAGAGGACCCCUGAUGUGAUACAGCAGCCCCAGAUGCCACUGGUGUUGGAGAAGGCUUCUGGUGAAGGAUUUGGCAAAACCGCUGCUAUUAUACAGCUCGCUCCUAAAGCUCCUGUUGACCUGUGUGAGACAGAGAAACUGAGGGCAGCCUUCUUUGCAGUCCCCUUGGAAAUGAGAGGGUCCUUCCUGGUGCUGCUCCUGAGGGAAUGCUUCCGAGACCUGAGCUGGCUGGCGCUCAUCCACAGUGUCCGUGGGGAGGCAGGGCUGCUGGUGACCAGUAUCGUCCCGAAGACCCCGUUUUUCUGGGCCAUGCACAUCACUGAGGCUCUGCACCAGAACAUGCAGGCGCUGUUUAACACCCUGGCUCAGGCGGAGGAGCAGCAGCCCUACCUGGAGGACUCCGCUGUUAAGCGUGGGACUCGCUGUCUGGCAGAGUACCACCUGGGGGAUUAUGGACACGCCUGGAACAGGUGUUGGGUGCUGGACAGGGUGGACACCUGGGCUGUGGUCAUGUUCAUUGAUUUUGGACAGUUGGCCACCAUCCCUGUGCGGUCUCUGCGCAGCCUGGACAGUGACGACUUCUGGACCAUCCCACCCCUGACUCAGCCAUUCAUGCUGGAGAAAGACAUUUUGAGUUCAUAUGAGGUUGUUCAUCGAAUCCUCAAAGGGAAAAUCACUGGUGCUUUGAACUCGGAGUCGCACAUCCUAAAGUUUGAAGAGUCUAAAUAAUGGGGCUCCCCUCAGCAUGUUCCCUCUCCUGUUUGCCACGGAUCCAGAGGCCACCUGCCCUGCCUUCUCGUACCUCUUUCACCCUUGAGGCCUGGGAGGUGAAAAAAGCCAGACUGUGCCCAGGAUUGAUUUUCAUUUUGCUUUUACUCUCAACUUCCCUCCCAAAAGAGAGUGAAGUCUCAUUUGUCAUGUGUCUUCAGUUCCUCGACUUGGCAUGAACAUUUGAACCAAACAUAGGAAACUACCAUUAGGUUGAAAGCCUGAGGCAGCUGGGAUGGUCUUUCUUGUGUCUCUUCUUUGUACCCCAGAGCAUGAUAUAAGUGGUCCUAACAGAUUCUGGAUAAUAGAGAAGCCCUCUGCUAGUUUUCCUGGCAUUCAAUGUAGAAUAGGUAGAGAAUAUUUAACCAAUGAGCAAAUAAAUGUUGGCAUGUUUCAUGAG